AUGCCUGAACCAGCGAAGUCCGCUCCCGCCCCAAGGAAGGUCUCCAAGGAUGUGGUGACCAAGGUGCAGAAGAAGGAUGGCAAGAAGCACAAGCGCAGCCACAAGGAGAGCUGCUCCAUGUACGUGUACAAGGUGCUGAAGCAGGUCCACCCAGACACUGGCAUCUCAUCCAAGGCCAUGGGCGUCAUGAACUCCUUUGUUAACAACAUCUUCGAGCACAGUGGGGGUGAGGCAUCACACCUGGUGCAUUACAACAAAUGCUCAACCAUCACAUCCUGGGUGAUCCAGAUGGCCAUGUGCUUGCUGCUGCCAGGGGAGCUGGCCAAGCCUGCCAUGCCCAAGUGCACCAAGGCUGUUUCCAAGUAUACAAGCUUCAAGUAA